ACAUUGAAUGAAAAGGCUACACUGUUAUUUCUAUAUGAAUUUUAUAAAACAAAACAUAGUCGUUUUUUCAGUUAAAUGCUAACUUUUCAUUACCUUAACCAACUCAAGCUCUGUUCCAAACUCAGAUCAACUUCUACAGCCAAGAAAAUCCAUGCCCAACUCAUCAAAUCAGGGUUAGAUUCAUGGGAGCCAUUGCCAAACACCCUUUUAAGUGUUUACAGCAAAUGCACUCUUUUCAAAGAUGCCCUCCAAGUGUUCGACGAAAUGCCUCAAAGAGACCAUGUUUCUUGGGAUUCAAUUCUCACUGCCCACAACCAAGCCAACCUUCCCCGUCGAACAAUCUCAAUGUUUAUCACCAUGUCAACCGUCGAUAAAUUGCAACCGGACCAUUUUGUGUUUGCCAGUCUUGUCAAAGCGUGUUCUUGCUUGAAUAAUGUUAGGCUCGGGAAACAAGUUCACGGGCGAUUUAUGUUGUCGUCUUAUUGUCUUGACAACGUUGUGAAAUCUUCUUUAGUUGACAUGUACGCGAAAUGUGGUUUGGUUGAUGAAGCUUAUGCUGUUUUUUGUUCAAUUUCUUUGAAAAAUGCAGCUUCUUGGACAGCUAUGAUUUCUGGCUAUGCUCGGUGUGGUCAAAAAGGCGACGCUAUAAGAUUGUUCGGGAGAAUGCCGUUUAGGAAUUUGUAUACUUGGACGGCGUUGAUAUCUGGAUUGGUACAAAGCGGGAAUGGUAAUGAUGCUUUUAAUUUUUUCAUUGAGAUGAGAAGAGAAAGAAUUGAUAUAAUUGAUCCUUUAGUUCUUUCGAGCAUUGUUGGUGCUUGUGCUAAUUUGGCUGUAUUAGAGCUUGGAAAACAGGUUCAUGGUUUAGUGAUAUCAUUAGGGUAUGAAUCUUGCUUGUUUAUAAGUAAUGCAUUAGUUGAUAUGUAUGCUAAAUGUAGUGAUAUUUCAAAUGCAAAUGAAAUCUUUAGUAGUAUGAAACAAAGAGAUGUAGUUUCUUGGACAUCAAUGAUUGUUGGUUUUGCUCAACAUGGUCAAGCCAAGAUGGCAUUGGAUUUGUAUGAUGAAAUGGUUUCGGUUGGUGUUAAGCCGAAUGAAGUUACCUUUGUUGGUUUACUCUAUGCUUGUAGCCAUGUUGGUUUAGUCAAAAGAGGAAGAGCUCUUUUCGAUUCGAUGAUCAAGGAUUAUGGAAUUAACCCCUCUCUUCAACACUACACUUGCUUUGUUGACCUUCUCAGUCGAUCAGGGCAUUUUGAUGAGGCCGAGAAUGUUGUAAACUCGAUCCCUUUCGAGCUCGAUGAAGCUAUUUGGGCAGCAUUGUUAACUUCUUGCAAGAAUCGGGGAAAUACCCAAAUGGCGAUUAGGAUAGCGAAUCAAAUUCUGAGUACUAAACUCGAAGAUCCUUCUACUUACAUAAUGUUAUCUAAUGUCUAUGCAGGAGCUAAUAUGUGGGAAAAUGUGUCAAAAGUGAGAAAGCUAAUGACUUCUCUAGAUGUUAAGAAGAAACCGGGGUAUAGCUCCAUCGAGUUUGGAAAAGAAAGGCGAGUUUUUUAUGCUGGAGAGACAUAUCUUGAUCCGAUAAGAGAUGAGAUUUUCGGUUUGCUUAAGGAACUAAAUGAAGAAAUGAGGAGAAGAGGUUACAUUCCUGACACUAACUCUGUCUUACAUGACAUGGAACAGCAAGAGAAGGAGAGGCAACUGUUUUCGCAUAGCGAGAGGUUGGCUGUAGCUUUUGGGUUGCUCAAGGCUGUCCCGGGGACAGUGAUUCGGGUAGUGAAGAACCUUCGAGUUUGUGGAGAUUGUCAUACAGUUUUGAAAUUCAUAAGUAGUAUUGUUGAGAGGGAGAUUGUUGUUAGAGAUGCCAAUAGAUAUCAUCAUUUCAAGGAUGGGAUUUGCUCAUGCAAUGAUUUUUGGUGAUAACUAUAAUAACAAACAUAGUUGUAAAUCUUUUUUCUAACUUAGCCAAGAGUGUUCUUUAGUUCUU